AUGAAUUUAUGCUUGAAAGCAGAGUUAUUCAUACGGAGAAAGCAAUGGCAAUUAAAAGAAAAUUCACCAGAGACCGUUAUAGAAGAAAUUCAACACUGCACAGAGCUUUUUCCGAAUGUAAAAAAGAUUCUUCAUUUGUUCGCUACUCUGCUUGUAACAUCCGCUACCCCGGAACGUACGUUUUCUGUUCUAAAAACACUGAAAACAUAUUUACGAUCUACAAUGAAUGAAGAAAUGUUGGAUGUUUUGGCAUUAGCAACAACAAAUAAAGACGAAUUAGAAUAUGAAAACAUCGAAAAAGAAAUAUUGAACGGUUUUAUUGAAAAUGCCACUAGGUGGAUGAAAGUUACAGAUUGGACACAAUAA